AACCGCGUUUUCCAUUUGUGUUUACUUUUAGAGUCGUGCGAGUCGUGUUGUUUUGCGUCGCCGUACAGGUUCAAAAUUGCCUCCGUUUAGGUGCUAGCUCCAUGAGGGGAACAAAAUGAUCAGUGUCCAACAAGACUGAAAAAUUCUAGCGGUUGUGAAGUUCUAGGACGCGCUGAAUAAUGGGUGAACGCCGAGAGCCAACGGAAACUUCUCCGGCUCUGGAAAACACCGGCACGGACGAAGAGCCGCCCGCUCCGAGGCUCGAGUGUGCCAUUUGCCUGCAGAAGUGCAUUCACCCUGCCCGGCUGCCCUGCGGCCACAUAUUCUGCUUCCUAUGCGUGAAGGGCAUAGCCAACCAGAGCAAGAGGUGUGCCAUGUGCCGACAGGAAAUUCCUGCUGACUUUACGGAGAAGCCGGAGCUGAUUCCAGAUUCGGAGUCGGAGCCAGACUCCCCCACUGAGGAGAGCUACAGGUGGUUUUACGAGGGCCGCAAUGGCUGGUGGCAGUAUGACGAGAGGACCAGUGCAGAGCUAGAGGCAGCGGCCGCCAAGCAACUCCCCAGGUGUGAAGUACUGAUCGCUGGCUUCCUCUACAUCGUCGACUUCGAACACAUGGUGCAAGUGCGCCGCAAUGAUUUCUCUCGGCGACGGCGAGUGAAGCGCGAUCUAGCCAGCGUUCCCAAAAAAGGAAUAGCGGGAAUCAGACUUGAGGAACCGGCGCACGACACGACUGGCGGAGUCCCGCCUUGCCGGCCGGGAGAGUGCAACGCCGCGGAACGUUCGUCGCACGGGGAGACGGGCAGUGGGGAGGAAGGUGCCGGCAGUGUCGAGACUACGCCGUUAAAUUCUGCGGUUGAGGAGGACACCGCCGUGCUGCUCGACUCUUCCAACGGAGGCGGCGAUAGUGUCCUGUCGCUCUCCGAGGAGGAUGCUUCUACAGAUGCCUUUCUCGAAGGGACUUCGAUCGGUUCACUACGAUUGGACGACGACGAUGAAGACGGUGACGAAAGGGGAAGCGGUGAUGCCACAUCGCCGGCGCUGUGCCACGUCGGCCGGUUUGGUCGCAGAAGGUACUACGAGGAUAACCUGUGAUUCCUGUGUUUGUUGUGAAACCAAAAAUAUGAACUGACUGAACCCUCAUUCUCUAUGCAUGAACUUACAUACACCUUGCAUUUAAGCUGUCGUAAGUGGCCCGCAGUGAUAUGUGACGACUUCUGAUGUGAUCGCAGUGCUCGUAAGCGGCAACCGUAGAAAAUUUUUAGUUACCGUAUUUAUUCGAAUAUAGACUAUGUUACGGAUGGGUUUCGGUGCCGCCAUGUUGGGCUGUAGCGUUGCUAUUUUGUAUUUUAAAUUCAUGACCUUAUUAAUACAUGUCGCGAUGUACAAAUAUGAACAAACAUUAAUUUAACAGCCCUGGGUGGUGGUGCCCCUGUGUCUUACGUAAAUAGGUCUAUAUGUCGACCUUUUCUUUCUCGGAAAUUUCACCCAUAAUUAGCUAUCAAUCUUUCUUCGUGACCAAAGAAACUCAACUUAUAGUAUUCGUGGUCAAAGCUAGCAAAAGUACCAAGCUAAUAGAGUUCCACUGUUGCGCCCACCGUUCUUUUAGCAGCGUCAGUUACACUGGUGCUCUGCAUGCAUACAUUUGCAGUAAAUUGCCUCGCCAUACAAAGAAAAAAGGAAGAAUAAAAUAAAGAACUCUAAUAUAAACUGUCGGAGGUCACCGCGAAUGCUGCCUACUACAGUUCUGACUCACUCAGCCAAGAUCUUUUGUCGACGGAUAAAAACCCUGGAACUGAGAAUGACAGCAUCCAAGAAACCAUGAUCUUUGUAUGCGAUUCCGUUGUCACUAACAGUUGAGAAGAUACGGAUCUCCAAGGCCAUGCGUUUUCUGGCGAAAAAUUGACACUUAAUGGGUUCUGUGCAUGCUUAUUCUAAAUAAGCCAUGCUUAUUUCAACUAAAGGUAUGUUGUGUUUCAAUUUAUCAAUUUCUGAAAAGGUAUGGGCUGACUUAUAUUCGAAUAACAUUUUUUAAAAAUUUCUCGUCGACCACAGCAUGUAGGGGCCGACUUACAUUCGUACUCGACCUAUUUUCGAGUAAAUACGGUAGAUAUUACUACUCUUAGCUGUGACAAGAGCUGAAGUGUUUCGUGGGCCGCAAGCCCCGUAGUGCGUAGGUACCAAAGCAGGAAGCUCUUGCGCGAAUUAUUGUUCGAAUUCUCGGUGUUGGUGCUUCCAUGGCUUCAAAGGCCAAGUGUGUCACGUUUCUUUGUAUAUACGUACAACUAGGCAGUUUAAUUGCCUCUGUGCCUAGUAGGUUUCACUUUACCACAAGUGUUCUCGUUUGUCGUUGCACAAGUGUUGCUGGUCACACAAUUUGUGCGCUAUUUGCAUUGAUUAAACUGAAGAAUUUUGAAAACAUUUUUGCUAUUUAUUAUUUUUUGGUUACUCCAUGUGGCUUUUGGCUGCCUUGCUGCAAACAUCGUGUGAAUGCAUUAUAAUGUUCAUACUGCAGUUUGCUGUGACGGGAAUCCAUGUGAUGCAAUAAUGUCUUGUUUCUUCUUUAUAAACUUAGCCAUGAUUUCAUGUCAACAUUUUUAUCCUGUGCAAUAUAUGUUGCAUUUAAAGUGCAUUAAUCAUGUAGUCCAGGCUUGGCUGUCAGUUCUGCGCACUUUGCAAAUUAAAACGAAAUGUUGCACUGCCUUAGGUUCCU